AUGAACAAUAAACCUUUUAAUGACUUGAAAGAGUUGUCAACUAUGCAAAUAAUUGGUACUUUGUUGGCACUCUUUGUCGUAUAUAAAGUUUACAGAUUCAUUAAAAGGGCUUAUUUGAAGAGAAAGUUUCACGCCUACGAUCCAAAGUUAUUACCACAUUCUUAUCCUUUUUUCAGUAGAGAACCUAUCGGAGUUUUAAUAAAGAAACAAAGAGGUGAAGUGUGGAAAAUGGUAAUGGAUUUUUUUACUGAUUAUGGCCAUAGUUGGAACGCUAACAUGGGUCAUACCCUUUUUGUAACAUCAGAUCCUGAUAACAUUAAAGCUAUUUUAGCUACUCAAUUUACUGAGUUUGUCAUGGGUUUGAGACAUAAACAUUUCAAACCAUUAUUGGGAGAUGGAGUCUUCACCUUAGAUGGUCAUGGUUGGAAGACAUCAAGGGCUUUAUUAAGACCUAAUUUUUCUCGUGAACAAGUUGCUCAUACUCAAUCUUUAGAACCUCACAUUCGGACUUUGGCUAAACAUAUUAAAAAAUUCGAUGGUAAACCAUUUGACAUUCAAGAGUUAUUCUUCAGAUUCACUGUCGAUACCGCCACUGAAUUUUUAUUCGGUCAAUCGCUUUAUGGUUUAAGAGAUGGCAGUGUUGGCGAAGCUCCGCCAUCUGACGCUUGGUCAGGUUCCGGUGAUUUCUAUGAAAGUUUUACUACUGCACAAGAAAUCUGUGCUACUAGAGCAUGGGCUCAAAAUUUAUAUUGGACUAUCAACCCACCAUCAUUCCGUAAGUCUAAUGCUAUUGUUCAUAAUUUUGCUCAAUAUUAUAUCGACAAAGCUUUGAAUUUUACUCCGCAAGAAUUAGAAGAUAAAUCCAAGUCGGGUUACAUCUUCUUAUAUGAAUUAGUAAAGGAGACUAGGGAUCCUAUCAUCUUAAGGGAUCAAUUAUUGAAUAUCAUGAUCGCUGGUAGGGAUACCACUGCUGGAUUGUUAUCAAUGGUUUUCUUUGAACUUGCCAAAAACCCAGAUGUGUUUGAAAAAUUGAAACAAGCUAUUUAUGAUGACUUUGGUGACGGUGAUUCAGUUGAUUUGGAUUCCAUUACUUUUGAAUCUUUAAAGAAAUGUGAAUAUUUGAAAUGGGUUUUGAAUGAAACUUUGAGAUUGUAUCCAAAUGUUCCAUUUAAUUUUAGAUGUGCUAACAAAAACACCACUUUACCAAGAGGUGGUGGUGAUGAUUUAAGUAAGCCUGUCUUGAUUGAAAAAGGUACUGUUGUUAUAUAUAGUAUCAGUGCUACUCACAGAAAUCCUCAAUAUUAUGGUAAAGAUGCUGCUGUAUGGAGACCUGAAAGAUGGGCUGACAAAACAUUGAAACCUGGUUGGGCUUAUUUACCAUUCAAUGGAGGUCCAAGAAUUUGUCUUGGUCAACAAUUUGCUUUAACUGAAGCCAGUUAUACUAUUGUUAGGUUAAUACAAAUGUUCCCCAACUUGUAUAGUGAAGAUAAGCAGGACUAUCCACCACCAAUUCAUGCUCAGUUGACCCUUUCAUUAACCCAUGGUGAUUGGGUUAGACUUUAUUAG